AGUUUUAGGGCCAUCGCUAAAAAAGGAGGAUGAUCUUCUAACGGAUGCGCAGCUUACUGAAUACUUUGAAAAAUUCUAUACUGCUGAGUCGGUUUUUACGUUGAUCACCCAUCGUCCAUUGUUGUGCUUACAGAUUGAUCCGUUCAUAAGCAAAGGAGAUUUGUCCACAUAUUACCUGUGGCAGGCCCGUGACAUCCCCUGGUUCUUCAGCGGUCAUUCCUGCUCCUAUGACGACUUUAUGAAGCUCAGCAAAAGAUGCGCUUAUCUUUCUAAAGUCCCUGAAGAACUACAUGACGUCAUUGAGGACGACUUUAUUUCCGAUGACAACCGAUUAGAAGAGGACGUAAGGAUGUCGUUACAUCGCAAGCGGUCGAACUGCAAGUCUAAGCCGAUGGUAUCAAAUACCAGUGGUAGCAGUACGGAUUGUAAACUUCCGAAAAUUUGUGGCAAAGUGACUGCUGAAACUGUGAUGAAAGACGAAAUUCGUUGUGGCGAUUUGCCGUUGAUUGCAAGCCCACAGUUUCGGCCUUUUCGUGCUCAAGAGCAGAUAUGCAGCGUUGAUUUUUCGCGACUAGUUUUGAACCUCGAGACUGUAUUUAAAAAGUGUUUCGUCGAUGACCAACUGAAGUUGCCGCCCUCAGAGCCGACAGUGUGCAGCAGAGUUUUCAGCAAAGCUCCCGUCAGUUCUUCCCUACGACAUUCCGACGUGUCUUUGAUUUCGAGUGAGGAGGCUUUCCAGGACUGGAGACGGUCUGAUUUCUCAGUGUUAACCUCCACUGCGAGUAUCUCCGCGCAGUUGCAGGUAAACCUUGCGCUUCCCCUUGACUUUCGGGUAGUGCCGAUCGCGAUGGCUUCAGAGCAAGCUGCGUCAGUACCGACAGAGGAAACGUCGUUGGCGAUGGAUCACACGCGCGUCAACGGUGUCAGCCUGGCAUUAUCAUGUACUUCCGGAGAAAACAUGACCCCUCCUGUCGUGGCGCCUACUUCCCCCGUGUUCACAAACUUAAAUGUGUUGUCAUUAAGCCGCCAUACUUUGCAUCCCGUUGCUUCGUCACCAGAUCUGCGAAUAAAUGGCAGUUCGAAUGACCGUGAUGAUAUCCGUUUUUCUGCGUUCAAAUCCCAACUUUCUCCCAGUCAGCACCAGCUACCAUCUUUGAUGCCUCAUUCCGUUAAUAACACGUCGUCAGUGGCUUUUGAAAAGUCGGAUAGAAUGGUGUGUGGCGUUAAACCAAGGAGGAAUGGUCCUCGAACAGAAGAGUUCACUACGCCACAUCAACGACAUCCCCUUUCUACCGCAUCGAAGGAAGGCGCUCCUCCUUCAAUUACCCAUGCAUCGUUUGCUUCGGGAAAACGUCGAUCACACCUCGUGGAUGAUAGAGACCAGUUUGCCAACAGCUGUGACUUGUUUGACAGCGACGACGACGAUGACUUUACCAGAGCAAUGUCGAUCGCUCUUAGACCCAUCCAAAGGAGUGGAGGCAUCAACUCUGAGGUUUUAUCGUCCAAGACGGGUUUUUCAGCAGUGGAAUCUUCACGAGGUGUCGUUGACCAAGAAGUGUCGCCCUCACCACGGCACCAGAGCGUUUUGCGAACCGACUCUACCCCUGCCCGAAAUCGGCCUCUUACUCUGCUUGACACAAUGCCUGAAAACUCUUUCAUAGACUUUGAUUCUGACGACUCUUUUGAGCUGAACUUUGCCGUUGAUUUUGGUCUGGAAAAAAUUCUGAAGCAACCCAGCGGUGAUCUUGUUGGACAGUCCUUAUCAACAAACCCUUGUUCUACAGCGAGUCCUUUAAACGAUUCUUUCGUUCACAAAUCCGAAUCUUAUCUCGGAACGUUGUCUUCUUCAGCAAUGACUAUGAAACAGCCGGUGUCAGAACCUUCAAGUCUCAGUGAGUCAGCCUCUUCAAAUUGCACCUAUGAAGUAGAGAAACAGCCAAGAAAGAAAAAACCACGCGUCGCCGAAUUUUUCGAUACUCAGGCGCAAGUCGUUCACCACCGCAGAGGUUCCAGGUCGUCUGAAGAAGGCGAUGCUGACGAUGUGGACAUUGAAGAAUACGAUGAAGAUAGUUUCGUCGAUGAUUCUUCGCAGAUUGAGUUUUGCACUCAAAAUCCGCUAAGUUCUCCCGAAAUGAAGGCCGUUUACCUGAAAUCCAUCAAGGACCAACCUCAUUUACAGCGAAUCAGUGAGUUCGAAAUGGUUUCAACAACAAGCCCUACACCCACGGGUAAAAACAGUUUCCUCGAAUCGUUCUCGUGUAACGAAGAGGCAUCUGAUGAUGAUGACGGUUCAGAAGAUGACCAAUUCGUGGUUCCAAAUGACUUCGUUGAAUAUGAAACGAGCGGAGGGGAGAGCGACAGCGACAUGGCGAUGAACGCAGUGCGGCCAAAACGACGGAGACUGGUGAUCGACGAUGACGAUGAUAGUUGCGACUUAGAAAAGUCUUGCGACACCGACAAAGGACAACAACACGUGGCCAGCCAGCAAUUUUGCAAAGACAACGGACUGCUACCAUGUGAUCAAUCAGAGCCGCCAGCAAGCCAAGUUUUCCGACCUGCUUCAAAAUCUGCACAAUUCGCAAAACGGGCCGCUGGUGACAUUCCUCUGGCAGUCGUAAAGCCGUGCUUCACCUCCACGAGUCCUUGCGCUGUUGUGACCGAUGACGACACAGUGUUGACGUCCAAACUGCUACGGAAACCCGUAGUUUUAAUUAACAGUCUAGAGAUAGUAUCAGCACAGCAUAUGGUUUCGAUUUUGAAAACAGAGUACGAUGUAGAGACACACGUCUGCUCACUUGGCAAAUGUGAUUACAUAAUCAGUACUAAAGUUGCGGUAGAGCGGCAGCUGGUCAGUGAAUUCGAACAUCCGUUUCAAUCGAAGCGACUUUUGUCACGACUUCAAAUUCUGCUAAAUGAAUUUGACCAAGUUGCGGUAAUAGUGGAAAAGGACCGAAUGAAGCCAAUGUUCUACAAAAGGAAGAAGGAUUUUGCGGAAGACUCAAAAGAAAUGAAGCACACCAAAACAGUAGAUUCGCUGCUUGUUUCUUUGACGCUGAACGCGCGAAUAAAAGUGCUUUAUGCAGACUCAGUCGAAGAUAGUGCGAAACUUAUCGCCCUCCUCGCUAAGCAAGAAACGGCAAGAGGAAAUAACAUAACUGUCGACCUCGACAUGAACGAUAAGGAACAGCAUAUGUUCGAUUUUUUCCUGGAUAUACCCGGCUUGAAUUACGUGUCAGCGUUGUAUCUGACGAAGAAAAUUCGGUCACCUUGCAGGUUGCUGCAGAUUACUGCCUCGGAAGUUGCUGAAAUCGCUAAAAUGAAAAGGGAGCAAGCAGAGGGGCUUUUACGAUUCAUCGAUCGUACCGUUGACGCGGAGAUUCUUUGA